GUAGUUCUAUGUAGUGAGAGAGGAAAGAAUGAGUUCAGGAUGAUGAGAGACUCUAAUGGAAUUAACAUUAGUACAAAAGAUCCAGAAAAAGAUCAAAAAUUUACAUUUUUCACAGAAGUCGAACUAAGAGAGCAAGUUGGAAAGACAAGGAAGACAACAGAUGAAGAUAAUCGAAAAUAUGAAAUAACACUCAACAAGACUAGAUCAUCAUCAUGAUCACUCACUGAAAACAAUAGAUCUAUGUACUCCGGAUAACUGCAGCAGCAGCUGAUGUAGAUGCAGUACCACAUUCCUUAUCCACCCAAAACGCAACAACAGGCAAACGAAUUUCGACCUUCGGGUUAUUUUUGACAAGAUUGUUUUGGCAACCUCUACACAAGCACACUUAAAAAAAGUUGAAAUCCUCGAUUUAUUUUGUGAGAAGUAUCAGUACCCUUUGCUCCUUUAAAUCAAGUGACAGAAAGGUACGAAAUAGUUGGUAUAGUACAUCAACAUAGUAGAUCCAUGAUUUCUAAGAAAGUAGUAGAAUAAAGAUAAACCUCCAAAUUUUCCUGCUCGUUGUAAGUAGCUCCUUUUUGAAAAAGGACCAACGUAGAUCAUAACUUGGACUAUCCUUGUUAUUCUUUCGUAGUUCAAUAUUAAAAAGAGAAUACCCCACCUCUGCUCGUCGAAACGAACGAGCCCGAUCUAGCACUAGUUCGUACAGAAGAGUCCCGCGAACAACUUGCUUCAAGCCGAAAAGUGUCGCAUCGUACCACCCGGUCUGCUGCCACGCGAUAUUAAACUCCCACAACAAAGAAGAAGUACAGUGUAGCGAUUCAUUCGUCGGGUUUGCAGACUUCCGCAAUAACGAGCAUAGGCAUUGGAAGCGGAAGAAACCACUUCCAAGUUCUAUUUGCGUGGGAGAAGAAUUACAUCCCUUUCGCUGUUGUAGUUCCGAAACCAACCACAUCAUCAAGAUGGGAAACUCACCACCUAAGAUUUCUGUGGAGGAGCAGAUGAAACUGCACAAGAGGCAGAUUUCAAAGGCGAUUCGAGAGCUUGACAGGGAGAAGAAUCAUCUCGCGUUGCAGGAAAAGAAAACGAUAACGGAAAUGAAAAAGGUACAACUAAGCACUUGAAAACCUUCUUCUUCUUGCUACUUACUUGUACAGGGCGUCUAUCACAUCAUCUAUACUACCAAGCAGUAUGUCCGACAUAUUGUUUUUUGUCUUAAGAAGAAAAAGAGUUUCUUGAAUUCUAAGGCCAAUGAAAAUUUUUUGUACUUCAACCCAUCUGACUUCAGGAUGACACUGUAAUGAUUUCAUCUGAAUCUGAACAUCUGAGCUUCUGGCAAACCUUGUCGCAACACUUUUUCCACUCUCAUAAACUUAACCCACUGACUAAAGAAGAGUAAAACACAAGGACUAAGCUUAACUUUCCUGAGUCUGCUAAAGUUUACUAAGUUACCUCAAGUAGAUCAAAACAGUUUUUGUACUAGCACUAUUAACGCCCCAGUGGGCGCAGGUACUACUGCUGGUGGUCGUCUUUAGAUUAAGUCCAGCAGCAAGUCUAACUCUAUCUCUAGCUCUACCCUGCUCUAAUGAUCACCAUUACUACAGCUCGCCAAGCAGGGUCAAGUCCCCACGGUCAAGAUAAUGGCGAAAGAUCUUGUCAGGGUACGAAAACACCAGAGCAAGUUCCUCACCAUGAAAGCGCAGUUGCAAGGUGUGCAAAUGCAACUGCAGACGAUGAAAAUUAAGGCUUCCCCUAAUCCAUCCCUGUAGACCACAUCCCUCAAACAUAUGCGCCCCAAUACAAGGGAGACCCAUACUGACGCCCAAUACAAUUGAAGGAUUUCCACAGGGAUAAGAAAAAGAGAGAGCUCUAAGAAAAGCACGCAAGCCAUGACCAACGCCAUGCAGGGAGUGACGAAAGUAAUGCUCCAGAUGAACCAAGACAUGGAUGCCACCGCUGUGCAGAAAAUCAUGAAGGAGUUCAUGACGGAAAAUGAAAGGGUACUUCACAACGUUUAAGAUAGCCUUGUCCGACUUCUACAGUGGGCUCAUGCAUCUAGAUUUCUGUCCUGCACUUAGCCGACUUCUUCUACUCAAGGAAAGAAUUAAUCCCUAUCAUCUAAUGAAAGCCACUUCAAUCUAGACAAUUCCAUCAUCCUUCUCAUGUUUUACAGGUGUUGAAGUUCAAUUUUGCGCUCGAGUAUAAGGACUCGUGGCAUUUGGAUGAUGCUAAUUCAAAGCCAUUUCUCGGGCGUCACAUUACAACAACUACAAACGAAAUUAUGUAUCACUCGAAAAUCACUAUAAUCAUUCUUGUUCCUAAAUAUCUAGUAAGUACAAAAUAAUAUACCACCACAACUACAGCAACAAAUGACGGAAGAAGUGCUUGGCGAUGCUAUAGAUGAAGCCUUGGGAGACGACGAGGUGGAAGAAGAAACCGUCGUAAACCAGGUCUUGGAGGAGAUCGGGAUCGAGGCUGCCAGCGAUCUUGGGAAGGUAGGCAAUAGUAAAUUGCCGAUGCCAGCACAACAGCAGGCAACGGGGGCACAGGUAGCCGAAGAAGAAGAUGACUUGGAGAAACGCCUGAACGCAUUGAAGAGAUGAUGAGGUUGAGGGAGGAAGUCAUCAACUUCGACUCCGAAGAGAUUCAAGAACAUCACAACAUAGAUGGACAUGAUGGAUGUCCUCGAUGAUGUCCCUUUAUUUGAUCCUUUGUUUUGGCAUUGUUUUGAACAGAUGAUUUCACCGAUUAUAAUCUGCGCAUACCCAUACAACAACUAAAAGUGAUUACGGACGAUGAGCAUCCCUAUUUUUCAGAUGUUUGAAAUCUGAAAAAACACGAUUACGAAAAC